AAGUCUGCUGUAUAUAGACGAGAAUCCAGGAAAGCUGUGGAACGCCGGAACAGUUGCCAAACACUCUUUAAAAUCGCGUCUCCUCUCCGGCCGCGCAGAGAAUGGCCCGAGAGUUGCGAAGGUUAAUUUUAGGAUCAUUCGCGUAAAAAGUCGAUCAGUUCCCUGUGUUUUUGGGUGCGCGCAGAAAAGUUCGCUUCGCUCGCAAGGGCUGAAAUCAAAGCGAGAGAGAUAAUACGAGUUAUCACAAUAUACAGUGUACAUACCUAUACAACCUCUCUCUUUCUGCGUCGGUUCGGUAUAGGUCGAUUCCAAAUUCGAGAGCCGCGAACUUGCGCUUGGCUUUGUUUUUUCCCGAAAAUCAUCAAGGACGCGAGUGUGAGAGCUGAACAACAGGAGCCAUGAGCUCCAAUAAUUCCCAGCCGCUUUUCGCGUGCUCCAGGUGCUUCUCGAGGCAUCCCUUCGAGGAAUUGUCGCCCGGCCAGCAAUUGUGCAAGGAAUGCAGAGGAACGUAUCCCGUGGUCAAAUGUACAUACUGUAGGUCUGAAUUUCAACAGACUGCGAAAGGAAACACGAGUGCGAUAUGCAAAAAAUGCGAACAAAACGUCAAAGCAUAUGGGAAGCCUUCGGCUUGCGAGUACUGCAAUACCAUAGCUGCGUUCAUCGGAAGCAAGUGCCAGAGAUGUACAAACUCGGAGAAACGCUAUGGCCCACCUGUUACCUGCGAGCAGUGCAAGCAAAAAUGUGCCUUUGACAGACAUGACGAAGACAAAAAAGUCGAUGGCAAACUGUUGUGUUGGCUGUGCACGUUAUCUUACAAGCGUGCACUUGCCAGAACAAAACAGUCCGAGUCCGAUAGGAAAGCCCAUUUGAAAAUGGUUCAGCAGCAAGCUGCAAAGCAUAAAGAACAAAAGCUGAAGGGUCACAAUAAAAGGCCACAUAGAGUAGACGUCACAAAGCUUCCACCACAACCCGAGUCAGGAGAUAGCAAUGGUCCUACACCAGUUAAGGCAGCCAGGAUGGCUGGCGUGCACGAUCCUCACGAUCCUAAUAUUUCCGACCACGUAGUUGCUGUUACAUCGCUGAAAGAAAAGAUAGCUAAUCUGCAAAAACAAAUUUCCGUAAAAGACGGACAGCUUCUCGCUAAAGAAAAGCAGAUAACGGAACUCAAGGCGAAAAAUUUCACCUCCGAGUCGGAGCUGCGUAACAAAAUGAAAACUUCAGAAAAGGAGUAUGAAAAUAAGAUAUCAAAUAUGCAGCACAAAAUUUCGAAUUUACUGAAAGAAGUGGCUUCUUUGUCAAAGAGUACAAAACGUGAUAGAUUGUCAAUCACGAAGAGUGAAGCAGGGACCAACAGUGGAAGUGGAACUGACAGUCCUGUACCUUGAUGAGGGUGUUGGUCAGCUGCAUCAACAUUGCAUACUCUAUGUCCAGAUACACUUGGCAUAAGUGGUCAUGAAAUAGCAAAUUGUUUCCAAUCAGGAAAAGAAAAAAAAAUGUAUUAUUUUUCUAAUUACAUUAUACAUAUGAACUAUCAAUUGUACUGUAAGCUGCGCAAAUCAUUUCUCGCCCUCCUACCACGGGCGACAAAUGAAUUGCGACCCUAAUUUUGCUAAAUUAAUUAGCAUUUGUUUUUAUGAUUUUUUUCUUUUCUAUGUGUACACUACGUUUCCGCAAUCCAAAACUCUAUAUACAGUAUAAUAUAUAACGCUAGGCCGAUAUUCAAUUCUUUUUGUAUUUGUAAAGAAAAUGUAAACUGUUAUAAUUCCAUUAAGAAACCGAUCAAGUCUUUCCACAAAGAAAAUAAAUUUUACGAAAAUAGCAGUCGCUCCGAAUGAAGCCGGAAUUCAGAUAGAAAUUUAGAAUGUCGAUGUAGUGAUGAUUACUGACACGUGUUUGUAAUUAAAUGCGAGGAGCGACUGCUAUGAUAUUUUAUUAUUUAUAAUUGUAAACGUCGACACACCAAUACCAUGGUGAUUGUAGAAAAAUUUGCAAUAAAAGUAUGAAAAAAAAAAA